GCUUUUAACAACUUCGGGACAACCAGUCAACCCUCAUUCAUUCUUUCCCAAUUCUCACCAAUUCAACCUAAAACCCUAAAUUCCAUAUACUCUCUCUUUCUAGGUUGAGUGUCCCCUUCAAUUCUGCACCGAAUUUCACUUUUUGAUGGAGAAAAAGUUAUACAAUUAAUACACAGAAGCUUCUUACUUCAACAAACUACCCUUCUCUUUUCAAGCCUUCAAAGUUGUUGAGAAAAUGGGAAAUUUUCUGAACGCCUUUACCUUAAAUCCCCCACAAUUCUCAACCGUCUUAGUAUGGUUUGUUCAAUCAAUUCAUUACGACAAUGUGGGAUUCUCUUGGAAACCUCUUCGUGAGGACGCAGGAUAAUGACGAUGAAGCGCUCAAAUUGGCUGCAUUGCAGAGGUCUCCGACUUUUGUUAGGGCUAGAACUUCUGUGUUUAGGAAUUUCGGAGGUGAGUUUACUCUUGUUGAUGUUAGUAAGCUUGAUGCUGAAGAGAAGAAGGUGGUGUUGGAUAAGUUGGUGCAUACAGUGAACUCGAACCCUGGGUUGUUCUUUGAUAGGAUUCGACAGCGAUUCGAUAAUGUUGAUCUCAAAUUUCCAAAAGUGGAGGUGCGAUUUGAAAACCUGGAGAUAGAUGCAUUCAUUCAUGUUGGGAGCAGAGCUUUACCCACCUUGCCAAAUUCUGUAUAUAACAUGAGUGAGGCUUUCUUGAGGAAGUUGAGGAUUUUUCCUGGCAGAAGAAAGAAAUUAAGCAUUUUAAAUGAUGUUAGUGGCAUCAUUAGGCCUUCAAGAUUGACUCUCCUCUUGGGUCCCCCAAGCUCUGGGAAAACAACACUGCUUUUGGCACUUGCAGGACGCCUUGGGAAUGGAUUAAAGUUAUCUGGAAAGAUCACAUAUAAUGGACAUGAAUUAAACGAAUUUGUGCCUCAAAGAACUUCUUCAUAUGUUAGUCAGAAAGAUUGUCAUAUGGCUGAGAUGACAGUUAGAGAGACUCUUCAAUUUGCAGAAUCUUGUCAAGGUUUUGGUUAUAAGCAAGAUAUGAUUAUGGAGCUUCUAAGAAGAGAAAAGAAUGCUGGAAUUAGACCCGAUGAAGAUCUUGAUAUAUUUAUAAAGACAGUGGCACUUGGAGAAGAUAAGACGAGUCUUGUUGUGGAAUACCUUAUAAAGAUUUUAGGAUUGGAUAUAUGCACAGAUACACUAGUAGGAGAUGAGAUGCGUAAAGGGAUAUCUGGAGGUCAAAUGAAACGGUUGACUUCAGGAGAACUACUAGUAGGGCCCUCAAGGGUUCUUUUCAUGGAUGAGAUAUCAACAGGGCUAGAUAGUUCAACCACAUAUCAAAUCAUCAAAUAUCUUAAGCACUCAACUCGUGCCCUUGAUGGGACAGCUGUCAUCUCCUUAUUGCAACCAGACCCUGAGACAUUUGAGCUUUUUGAUGACUUGAUUUUAUUAUGUGAAGGUCAAAUUGUAUACCAAGGACCUCGUAAUGCUGCUCUUGGUUUCUUUGCUUCUAUGGGCUUUCAUUGCCCAAAGAGGAAAAACGUUGCAGAUUUUCUUCAAGAGGUUACAUCAGUAAAAGAUCAAGAACAAUAUUGGGCACUCGAUGAACAUUACACUUAUGUUUCAAUUGAGAAGUUUGUAGAAGCAUUUCAAUCAAAUUUCCUUGGUCGAUCUUUAUCACGUGAUUUAUCUCUUCCAUUUAAUACACAUCAUAAUCAUCCAUCAGCUCUUUCUACCUCCACCUAUGGUGUUAACAGAAUGAAGCUACUCAAAAUUAGCUUUUCAUGGCAGAUGUUGCUUCUAAAACGUGAUUCAUUUGUUUAUGUCUUCAAAUACUUUCAACUUAUGUUGGUUGUUAUAAUCAUGACAAGUGUGUUUUUUCGUACAACAAUGCAUCAUAAUUCACUUGAAGAUGGAGGUGUUUAUCUUGGAGCUCUUUACUUUGCAAUAGUUAUGAUUUUGUUUAAUGGAUUCAUGGAAGUUCCAAUGUUGAUAGCUAAACUUCCUGUUAUCUACAAGCAUAGAGAUUUACACUUCUACCCCUGUUGGGUUUACACACUUCCUUCAUGGAUUUUAAGUAUUCCAUCAUCAAUUAUAGAAUCCGGUGUUUGGGUAAUUGUCACAUACUAUCUUGUUGGGUUUGAUCCUCAAUUUUCUAGAUGUUUGAAGCAGUUUGGAUUGUAUUUCUCUUUGCAUCAAAUGUCAAUAGGGCUUUUUCGUAUGAUGGGAUCUUUAGGAAGAAAUAUGAUAGUUGCAAAUACUUUUGGAUCUUUUGCUAUGUUGGUUGUUAUGGCACUUGGAGGAUUCAUACUUUCUAGAGAUAGCAUUCCUGCUUGGUGGAUUUGGGGUUAUUGGGUUUCCCCUUUGAUGUAUGCUCAAAAUGCGGUUUCUGUGAAUGAAUUUUUAGGAGAUACUUGGGAUAAGGCAAGUGGAAACAACACAAACAUUCCUUUAGGGACAUUGUUAUUAAAAGUGAGAAGCUUGUUUCCGGAAGAUUAUUGGUAUUGGAUUGGAAUUGGGGCUUUACUUGGUUACACUAUUCUAUUCAACAUUCUCUUUACUUUGUUCCUUACAUAUCUCAAUCCUAUUGGAAAUCAACAAGUGGUUAUCCCUCGGGAAAAUACAAAGUCACAGAAGAAAAGAAAUGGGCUUGUAUCCGCUAUUAUUGAGUUAAAAGAUUACCUACAAUGUUCACCAUCAUAUCCAGAUACUGAAGUCCAAAACCAAAGAGGAAUGGUUCUUCCAUUUCAAGCUCUCACAAUGACCUUCCGGAACAUUAGUUAUUACGUGGACAUCCCAGGGGAGUUGAAGCAACAAGGUCUAUCAAAUGACAAAUUACAAUUGUUAGUGAAUGUAACCGGAGCAUUUAGGCCAGGUGUCCUCACGGCAUUGGUUGGUGUUAGUGGUGCUGGUAAAACUACCCUUAUGGAUGUUUUAGCAGGUAGAAAAACGGGUGGGCAUAUCUCGGGUCAAAUAUUUGUUUCAGGGUACCCAAAAAAUCAAGAAACAUUUGCUAGGGUUUCUGGUUAUUGUGAGCAGAAUGAUGUUCAUUCCCCAUGUUUGACUGUUCAUGAAUCAUUAAUAUUUUCGGCUUGGCUUCGAUUACCUUCUGAUAUCAACAUGGAAACAAGAAGGGAGUUUGUAGAAGAGGUUAUGGAGCUUGUUGAACUGAAUCCACUAAAAGGUGGUUUAGUUGGGUUACCUGGUGUAGAUGGAUUAUCAACAGAACAAAGAAAAAGACUAACAAUUGCUGUUGAAUUAGUUGCUAAUCCUUCUAUUGUCUUCAUGGAUGAGCCUACUUCUGGACUCGAUGCUAGAGCUGCUGCCAUUGUUAUGAGAACUGUCAGAAAUAUUGUCAACACUGGUCGCACCAUUGUUUGCACCAUUCAUCAACCCAGCAUUGAUAUUUUUGAAUCAUUCGAUGAGUUGUUACUCAUGAAACAUGGGGGGAAGCUCAUAUAUGCUGGACCUUUGGGCACCGGGUCCCACAAAGUUAUUCAGUUUUUUCAGGGAGUAAAAGGAGUUUCCAAGAUCAGAGCUGGAUAUAAUCCUGCUGCAUGGAUUCUUGAGGCCACUUCAACAACAGAAGAAAAUCGCCUUGGUGUAGACUUUGCUCAAGUUUAUCGUGAAUCAGAUCUAUAUCUGCAAAACCAAGAAUUAGUUGAUAACUUAAGCAAACCAGAUAGAAAGUCAAAGCUGUUGACCUUCCCAACCAAAUAUUCUCAAACAUUCAUAGGCCAGUUUUUCGCAUGCCUUUGGAAACAAAAUCUAUCGUACUGGCGGAACCCACAAUAUACAGCUGUACGCUUUUUCUACACAGUCAUCAUCUCAUUAAUGUUCGGGACCAUGUGCUGGAAAUUCGGUACUAAAAGGGAAACACAACAAGACAUUUUUAAUGCAAUGGGAUCCAUGUAUGCAGCAGUCUUAUUCAUCGGAAUCACCAACGCCUCUUCCGUCCAACCAGUUAUUUACGUCGAACGCUCCGUUUCCUAUCGCGAAAGGGCGGCCGGAAUGUAUUCCGCCUUACCAUUUGCAUUUGCGCAGGUUGCAAUAGAGUUUCCGUACGUGUACGUACAGUCGCUCGUAUACAGUGUUAUCUUCUACUUUCUAGCUUCGUUCGAAUGGAAUAUGAUGAAGCUUUUUUGGUACGUAUACUUCAUGUUCUUCACGUUGCUGUACUUCACUUUCUUUGGAAUGAUGACAAUCGCUGUCACCCCCAACCACAACAUCGCCGCCAUAGUUGCCGCCCCUUUUUACAUGCUUUGGAAUCUUUUUAGCGGAUUCAUGGUUGUCCGAAUGAGGAUUCCUAUAUGGUGGAGAUGGUAUUAUUGGGCUAAUCCAGUGGCUUGGAGUUUAUAUGGGCUGCUGACAUCACAAUAUGGAGAUGUGAAUGAUCUUUUGAAACUUGCUGAUGGGUCCCAUUCAGUUCCAUUGAAACAGUUUCUUGAAGAUCAGUUUGGUUACAGACAUGAAUUUUUAGGUGUUGCUGCAACUGCUGUGGUGGGUUUCUGUUUGCUUUUUGCACUUGUGUUUGCGUUUACAAUGAAAUCGUUCAACUUUCAAAGGAGAUGAAGGCUUUUAAUGGAUCUUGGCUCUAACAAAUGAGCUCGAAUAAUGCAAUUUUGUUUCAACAUAAAUAUACGAAAAAAGACUAGUGGAAGGAUCACGUACAGAUGAUAAAGGAUAAAUCCAACGAUAAUAAUUAUACCUUUUAUAAUUUGAACAAUAUUUUGGGUUUGAGUUUUAGAGGGAUUUAUGUAUUGUGGCUAUUUGUAUAUGGUACUGAAAUGGAUUUUAGGGUUAAGUCAUGUGAUAUCAAGAUUUUAAGUAAGUGUUCGAAACUAGAAUUUUAUAAGAUCG